GAAAACUUUACAUUCCAAAACAAACUAAAAUUUGUCCAAAAUAAAGAAGUAGGUAAAAAAAAUCUAUUGACAAAAAAGGAAUAUAGAAAGCUCACUUAUUUCAGCUGAAAUGUUAAAUGCAUUCCAUAAAGCCCCAUUCCGAAUUUCUCAUAGUGGAGUUUCUAGGAGAACAUAAGUAUAAUACGUCAGUGAUGGCCGUACCUUUAGGUACAACAGGAUACUAUUAUGAAUUAGUCAUGAUGGAAUCUGAUUACAAUUCAUUUGAAAUACAGCUUUUCCUAUGGUUUAGAAAUAUUAUUAGCUUCUGCGAUUCAAAAAAUGCAGAAAACCUUUUACCUGAAAUGAUGAAGAUUUACCGACAGUUUAAAACACAUUUCUCAUUUCCUUUGCGAGAGUACAUUCUCAUGGAAGGGAUUGUUGAAUUAUGUUAUCGGAUUAACGUUUCAGACAGCAUCUUGGUCAGUCAGGUUCUAAAUUUAGUUUACGAAUGUUGUUCAUCUUUAGGCCUUCUUCAUCGCAAAGCAUUGUCUAAAAAUUGUUUGAGGUUGAUAGGCUAUCCUAAAAGAAGAAAUGAAAAACAAAGUUUCUUGACAUUUUUCCUGGAACACAGCCGGCGUUCGAAACUUCAAUUCAAAGGAGAAAGAAUGAUUGAUGUAAAUUUUUAUGCGACAUUGAGAAUGUCUCCUGUGUUCGUGGCAGCAGAAACAGGGAACUGGAAAACUGUGCUCACAUAUUUACAAUUUGGAGCUAGGAUAGAAGACGUCGCAAAUCCUCUUUCCCCAAUGUCUCAUGAGCAUCAUCUGACUUUACACGAUCUUCUUCGAAGUCUAAUCGAGAGGCUUUGGGAAAAGCUUGUUCAGCCUUCAGUAAUGUUAAGGAAUCAGCGUGAAAUAGAAGAAUAUUGUCAAAAGCUUGCACCAGCAGUUAAAAAUCUCUGCAAAACAUUCGCUAUCAUUCUGCGCGCUAUAAGAUGUCUGAAUCGCGACUGUUUAGAUUUCAUGUUAUAUAAAGAAAGUGACGAAUGGACCACGGAAGUAUCGAGUAGAAGGAUUUUGUAUCAUUCGACCAUAUUCAUCAUGAUACCCUAUCUGUCUAAACGAUAUAUGCAACCAGAUGAGCUUCAACAUGGUUGCAGAUGGGUCAUCAGGAAAAGACUGAAUGAAAACUGGCAGCUUCCUUACGGCAUCCGUUACUUACCUGUUCCUAGUAAAAUACAGCGAUAUCUGAAUUUACUGUCAGGAUAACGGAAGAACACACGAAAUUGAAACUGAUAAAAAAUAAAAACUCCAAACAAUGAUGAAAUGUUUUAAACCUUUUUUCAGCAACAUUAUAAACAAGAUAUGCUUUUCGGUAAUUA